AAAUUUGCCACAAGGACUAAAAAAGCGCAAAAAUAUUUUAAAAAUUUAAUGUAAAAUAAACGAAUUUCUCGAAAACUUUUGUGAAAAUGCCUCAAGAAUUAAGAGUAGUGCGUUGUUUUGAGUGCAAACAGUUUCAGACCGAUAUCGUGAAAAAGGCCAACAAAUGGGUGUGCAAACUGUGCGGCACCAAACAAUCGCUACUCAAAGAAUAUGGCCGUGGUUCCGGUCGUGACUGUCGAUUGCUUGCCCAGGAACUGAGUUCCCGCUCCAUGGACGAAGAACGGCUGGAGCAAGCAAUCGCACAGCAGGUCAUUUCCGGUGGGCUACAGCUGCCGCAAUCUGCUUCCGGUGCUCUACGGGACGAAUCUCAACGGUUGGUUGAUGCUCAACAAAAUCGCGAAGCACGGUCUUCUGGCAGCAAAUGGGAACGGUUUCGAGAUGGCGAAGACGACGAUGAUGAAGGGGACAUUUGGAAUAGCAUUGAAAAAUCAACAGCGCCUAGUCAAAACAGCAGGAAUCAUUCAACCUGUUCAACACCAAACGGGUCUUUCAGUCAGAUGCCAUUGCAAGCUAUAAGAGAUUCAAACUGUUCAACAUCCCAAGGUUCGUUCCAUAAGAAGCCGUUUCAAUCUGUAAGUACCUCCCAUCUUAGAACGUUUGACCAAUCAAAUGGUCCUAAAUUAGUACCGUUGGCCGAUUUUCAUCAAAUGGACAAAAAAGAAAAGAAACAAUUCAAGUGGCAAUCUUACAAUAAUUCGAAAAAUGUUUCGAACAAUCAAAAUAGUAAUCAUAAGGCUAAGGAACCGGAAAUUUCAGUAACCCUUACAAAUUCCCAAGUCAAUUUGACUUUACCAACAGAAAAUUACAAUAAUUUAAAACGUAAAUCUACUGCUGAGAUAUCCAAAACUGCCACUCCAAUUAUGUCGUUUGGUAAAAGAUCUAAAGCGGAGGUUUUGAAUAGUAAUUCAGAAACAAGGAGUCAAAUUUCUCCUGUUAAAAAACACGUGCAACACACAGAAAGUGGCGCAAUUGCGUCAUCUUCAAAGUGGUCGAAAUUUGUUGUUCCUGAAGAGGACGAUUAUGAAUAGUUAAUAAACCUUUUAAAUGUAAAUGAAAACGCUCCUAUAGAAUAGUUCGAAAGCCAUAGUUUGAUAGCAACAAUAUAAAUUUACUUGUUAAAAAGAGCCGGAUACUUAAUAUACAAAAAAGAAGAUCACCAGAACAAUUAUCAGUAGCGUCAGAACCAUUCCUCCAAUCAUAACGUACUUGUCUUCGACUAAUCGUCUCUCGAUCAUCUUCAUUGUCUGAUUCGAAAGUCCAAGCGUACUCCCAACAUCCAUAAUUCGCUUG